AUGGUAGCUCAGAUAACACCAUUCAAGGUAUUAUACGGAAGAGAUCCGCCUCACUUGAUAUAUUAUGAACAAGGCAGCACAUUGGUGGCAUCAGUAAAGCAGUAUUUGGAAGACGGAGACAGGAUUUUGGUGGAGCUUAAGGGACAUUUGCUGAGAGCUCAACAAAUUAUGAAAAGGCAAGCAUAUGCACAUAGGAAAGAUAUUCAGUUUGAGGUGGGGGACAGGGUUUACUUGAAGCUUCGACCCUACAGGCAGAGAACCUUGGCACAUAGAAGGAAUGAGAAGUUAUCACCCCAUUAUCUUGGUCCUUACAAGAUAGUGGAGUGUAUCGGUGUCGUGACAUAUCUCCUACAUUUACCACCGUCGUCAACUAUCCACCCAAUGUUUCAUGUGUCCCAGUUGCUACGUGUGGUAGGAGAGGACAUCUCAUUUUUUGCACUUCCCCCGACCUUGACGGAUAAUAUGGAGGUGUUGUUAGAACCAUUGGAGGUUGAAGGAGUACACCAGGAAAUAACAAGAAACAAAGAAGUGUUGAUCAGGUGGAAGAACCAACCAAAGUACAAAGCUACGUGGGAGUCCAACUAG